CAAUUCAUCCGAUCUCCUCCAAGUCCAGUCCAGUCCAAAUUAAACAAUGGCGGUUAGAAUGAAGCUAGGGUCGCAGGGGCUGGAGGUCUCAAAGCAAGGGCUGGGGUGUAUGGGGAUGUCCGCCGGCUACGGCCCGCCCAAGCCCGAUUCGGAGAUGAUUCAACUCAUCCACCACGCCGUCGACUCCGGCGUCACGUUUCUCGAUACUUCCGACGUCUACGGGCCCCACACCAACGAGAUUCUCCUCGGCAAGGCUUUGAAAGGCGGAUGGAGAGAAAAAGUGGAAAUAGCUACUAAGUUCGGAGUAAGUAUCAGAGAUGGGAAGGCAUUGGAGAUCAAUGGUCGCCCGGAAUAUGUGAGGGCUGCAUGUGAGGCAAGCUUAAAGCGCCUUGAUAUCGAUUGCAUUGAUCUCUAUUAUGUUCAUCGGAUUGACACUCGUGUGCCCAUUGAAGUCACUAUGGGAGAAUUGAAGAAACUAGUCGAAGAAGGAAAAAUAAAGUAUAUUGGCCUCUCAGAAGCCUGCGCUUCGACAAUCAGAAGAGCUCAUGCAGUUCAUCCUAUAACAGCAAUUCAGAAUGAAUGGUCAUUGUGGGCAAGAGAUAUUGAGGAAGAACUAGUUCCUACGUGCCGGGAACUUGGUAUUGGAAUAGUUCCUUAUAGUCCGCUUGGACGUGGCUUCCUUUCAUCGGGUCCCAAGUUAAUUCAGGAGUUGUCAGAAGGCGACAUGCGCAAGAACCAUCCGAGGUUUCAGGGCGAAAAUUUAGAGAAUAAUAAGGUUGUCUACGAGCGGGUGAUAGAAAUGGCGGCAAGCAAAGGGUGCAGUCCUUCUCAAUUGGCGUUGGCAUGGGUUCACCACCAAGGAGACGACGUGUGCCCCAUCCCCGGAACGACCAAGAUCAGCAACUUCAACCAGAAUGUCGGAGCUCUGGCCGUAAAAUUAACCCCGGAGGAGGUGAAUGAGCUCGGUAAUUUAGCUGAUUUAGUGAAGGGAGAAAGGCAUUUCGCCAUGUUCGCAACAUGGAAAAACUCAAUCACCCCACCAUUGUCGUCUUGGCAAUGAAUUCAUCAUUGAAUCAUUGCAAAAAUUGUUUGUGUGGAGAAAAUUUUCAAGUUGUCAUCUUUGUUGUGUUCUAGUUUGCCUGAACUCUUCUUUUACGGUUGAGGUAAUAAAGUGGAAUCUUUUGAUGUGUACUGACGUUAUACAUUGAAUGAUUGAUAUUUAAGUUUGCGUUGUUUGGUGUGAA